CCGCUCUCGAGAUUAGAUGACGCCAACAAGCCACGUGCCAUACCCGUGCUCGAACUUGUACGGGUGCCCUUAACCUCUAUAUAACUAUCCCCGUCUUCUUUCCCUUGCCGCAACUCAACUCACACAAGAAACGGCCGCAAACUCCCGAUUGGGCAUGCAUGCUCAGUAACCAUGGUAGUUGAAACAGGCUGUGGUCCGCCGAUGAAGCGACUCGAUACGCUUCCAAAUGAGCUUAUCGGCGAGAUUGCGAUAUCCUUGGAUAAUGGAACCCUGGCUACUCUAUCCUUGGUGUCCCGCAAGCUCCGAGCUGUCGCUCAAGGUGUGCUCUAUCGCUAAUUGAUUCUGUCCGAAUACAAACCAAAGAGCAUCCCGUUACUCAUUCGCAC